CAAACGAGCCAAGCAUAGGCUGAAAAUUUCGAAUUCGUUUACAAAUCUAUGCGAGUGUGUCAAUUAGUAUUUGACAGCUCGACUCACAAACAGUUUCACUCUGCGAUGCCGCUGUUCAACAAGAAAUUCGAGUCCAAGCCGAUACCGCUGCGUCAGAAUCGAUGCAAUAUUGGCAUUCCUGCUGUCGCCGAGGAUCUUGAUGACUUUCGCCAGAUUUCGCUGAAUCUGGGCAACAAGGAGCUGCGCUUUGCCGAUGGCAUCUGGAUGCAUUCGUCGCGCAAGGGCGAUGUGGACGAUAUGCUGCGUCUGAAAAAGAAGUUCCGUGUCCUAGAAGAGGAGAACAACAUGUCCAAUUUGAAGAUGGAAUUUAUGCUGGAUCUACUGGCGGAGCAGGCAUCGGAAUUGAACGAACUAAAGCCGAGGGAAAAGAGCACAUUUGAAAAUGUAAAGAAAUAAAAAAAAGCAUACCUGUGACAGCGGAUAUUACUCGUUUUGGAUAUUCGGUUGAAUACUGUGAGCUGGCUUAAGAUUUUGGAACCGGUUAAAAUUCACUAAGCUUCUCCUAAAGUUACCCGAUUCUGAUGAAAUCCCAACCACACACUUGAGAUCUAUUUCUAAUA